ACUUUCUCUGCUCGUCGGCGAAGUUCACAUUCACCGGUCGUAUAGUGUCUUCGUCUCCUUCCUCGUGAAAUUUGUUCAUCACAGUCUCUACAGUCACCACCAUAGGAGGUCGUACCGCCGGAUCUUCGCCACACCAUUAAUUUCUGCGUUCUCUCUUCUCAAUUCGCCGCCGAUCUCUCUGAGCGUAAUUACCAAAUCGUGCUUAGAAACUGCUGUGAGGAUCGAUCUCGAUUGAUCAUGGAAAGUCCUGGAAGAAAAGUUUUGUAUGAGAUACGUCAUCAUGCUUCAUUGCCUUAUGUUCCUAGAUAUCCUCCUCUUCCUCAGGCAGAUGGAACUAAUUCGAAAGGAGGACUUCGGUCACUUGUUUCCAUCAAAGGUGUUAGUCAACUCAAGGAAAAGUGGAGUGAAUACUGGAAUCCGAAAAAAACUAAUAAGCCGGUGUCGUUAUUUAUUUCACCAAGAGGAGAACUUGUGGCUGUCACUUCUGGAAAUCACGUUACUAUCUUGCGAAAGGAUGAUGAUUACAGGAAACCUUGUGGCAAUUUUACAUCCAGCAUAUCAGGUUCAUUUACUUCUGGAGUAUGGUCCGAAAAACAUGAUGUUCUUGGUCUUGUGGAUGAUAGUGAGACCCUCUUUUUCAUCAGAGCUAAUGGCGAAGAAAUAAGUCAGGUCACAAAAAGAAACUUGAAGGUUUCUGCACCAGUAUUAGGAUUAAUGGAGGACGACUCUGAUUUGCAACCAUCAUGCUUGUGUUCGUUCAGUAUACUUACGUCAGAUGGACGUAUUCAUCAUGUCGAGAUCAGUAGGGAGCCAAGUGCUUCUGCCUUUUCCAAGCAUGCUUCAAAUAGUGUCUCAAAGCAAUUCCCCAACCACGUUUUCUGCUUUGAUUACCAUCCAGAUCUUUCUUUUCUUCUCAUUGUUGGUAGUGUUGCAGGCAUAUCAUCGUCAGGGAGUUCUGGUUCAUCGUGUAUCUCGCUUUGGCGUAAGUGUCAGAAUUUAGGUCUGGAAUUGUUGUCCACCACAAAGUUUGAUGGCGUGUAUUGUGAGAACAAAGAUGAUCAGUUGGCAUAUCCAAAGACUUUAAUCUCCCCUCAAGGGUCACAUGUUGCAAGUCUUGAUAGCAAUGGGUGCGUGCAUAUUUUCCAGUUAGAUAAAGCAAGAUUGACACUUUCGUGCUGUCCUUCUGAAGACAGUUCUGAUUCACUGAAGCCAGAUAAGUCGCUACAAAGUUGGAAAGAAAGUUUAAGAAAUGUCGUAGAUUUUACUUGGUGGUCUGAUCACGCCCUUGCAAUUUUGAAAAGGAGCGGUAACAUUAGUAUAUUUGACAUCAGUAGGUGUGUUAUAGUUCAAGAGGAUGCUACCAUUUAUUCUAUGCCUGUCGUGGAAAGAGUUCAGAAAUAUGAAGGACACAUUUUUCUUUUAGAAAGUUCAACACAGGAAGCAAAAUCAGCUCUGGCCAAUGUUGACAGGGACGCAAGUGAAUUUCAUCAUACUAGUGAGCAUAGUAUGUUAUGGAGGCUAAUAUCAUUUACUGAGAAAACAAUUCCUGAAAUGUAUAAAAUCUUAGUUGAGAAAUGCCAAUAUCAAGAAGCGUUAGAUUUCUCUGAUAGUCAUGGCUUGGACAGAGAUGAAGUUUUCAAGUCAAGAUGGUUGAAGUCAGAAAAAGGAGUCAGUGAUGUGAGCACGAUUCUAUCAAAGAUAAAAGAUAAAGCUUUUGUGCUCUCCGAAUGCUUAGAUAGAAUUGGGCCAACAGAAGAUUCCAUGAAGGCCUUACUUGCGCAUGGACUUUAUCUAACCAAUCACUAUGUAUUUGCUAAAUCUGAAGAUCAAGAAUCCCAACAACUUUGGGAAUUUCGUUUGGCUAGGCUUCGUCUAUUACAGUUUAGUGAAAGGCUUGACACCUAUUUGGGGAUAAGCAUGGGCAGAUACCCACUCAGGCAAGUUUCAUCUGAUAUCACCAAGCUCUUUGCAUAUGGGUUCUGCAUUUCAGAAUUUUCGGAUUACAGAAAAUUUCGGAGUAAUCCUAUCAAUCAGGCUGCUAUUUCACUUGCUGAGAGCGGGAGAAUAGGAGCCUUAAACCUGCUAUUUAAGCGGCAUCCUUAUUCACUUGUUUCGUUUAUGCUGCAAAUUUUGGCAGCUAUUCCUGAAACAGUCCCUGUUGAAACGUAUGCACAUCUUCUUCCGGGAAAAUCUCCUCCAACCAGUAUGGCAGUGAGAGAAGAAGAUUGGGUUGAAUGUGAGAAGAUGGUUAAGUUUAUUAAUAACUUGCCGGAGAAUGGCAAGAAUGAUUCUCUGAUUCAAACUGAGCCAAUUGUUAGAAGGUGUUUGGGGUAUAAUUGGCCAUCAUCAGAAGAACUUGCUGCAUGGUACAAAAGUAGAGCUAGAGAUAUUGAUUCGACCACUGGGCUGUUAGACAACUGCAUUUGCUUGAUUGAUAUUGCAUGUCGAAAAGGCAUAUCUGAGUUGGAACAGUUCCAUGAGGAUCUAUCAUACUUGCACCAGAUAAUUUAUUCUGACGAAAUUGGAGGCGAAAUCUGCUUCAGCUUAAGCCUUGCUGGGUGGGAGCAUUUAUCUGAUUAUGAGAAAUUUAAAAUAAUGCUUGAAGGGGUUAAAGCUGAUACUGUGGUUAGAAGAUUGCAUGAGAAGGCAAUUCCAUUUAUGCAGAAAAGGUUUUUGGGGACAAACAACCAGAAUGUGGAGUCCUUUCUAGUUAAAUGGCUGAAGGAGAUGGCAGCAAAAAGUGAUAUGGAUUUAUGCUCAAAAGUUAUUGAUGAAGGGUGCAUUGAUUUAUAUACUGUUUGUUUUUUUAAGGAUGAUGUUGAAGCUGUUGAUUGUGCUCUGCAAUGUUUGUAUCUGUGCAAAGUUACGGAUAAGUGGAAUGUCAUGGCAACAAUGCUAUCAAAGCUACCAAAGAUAAAUGAUAAAGCUGGUGAAGACAUUCAGAGAAGACUCAAACGGGCAGAAGGUCAUAUUGAAGCAGGGAGGCUUUUGGAGUUUUAUCAGGUCCCCAAACCAAUUAACUAUUUUCUUGAGGUUCAUUUGGAUGAAAAAGGUGUAAAGCAGAUUCUUCGACUCAUGCUUUCGAAAUUUGUUCGUCGUCAACCUGGACGAUCUGAUAAUGACUGGGCAUGCAUGUGGCGUGAUCUGCGACAGUUGCAAGAGAAAGCCUUUUAUUUCCUUGAUCUUGAGUUUGUGCUAACAGAAUUCUGUAGAGGACUUCUAAAGGCUGGGAAGUUUUCUCUGGCUAGAAAUUAUCUCAAGGGUACAGGUUCAGUUGCUCUGCCAUCAGAGAAGGCAGAGAGUCUGGUUAUUAAUGCGGCAAAGGAAUACUUCUUCUCUGCUCCGAGCCUUGCUUCUGAAGAAAUAUGGAAAGCAAGGGAGUGCCUGAAUAUAUUUUCUAGUAGCCGGACUGUUAAAGCCGAGGACGAUAUCAUUGAUGCAGUUACCGUUAGGCUUCCAAAGCUUGGGGUUAGUCUCUUACCAGUGCAGUUCAAACAAGUAAAAGACCCAAUGGAGAUUAUUAAGAUGGCAAUCACGGGCGAUCCUGAGGCUUAUCUACAUGGUGAAGAGCUUAUUGAGGUUGCUAAACUUCUUGGGUUGAAUUCUUCAGAAGAUAUAUCAUCUGUGAAAGAAGCUAUUGCUAGAGAAGCUGCAAUUGCAGGGGAUAUGCAGCUGGCUUUUGAUCUAUGCCUUGUUCUAACCAAAGAGGGGCAUGGUCCCAUUUGGGAUUUAGGUGCUGCAAUAGCAAGAAGUCCUGCACUUGAACACAUGGAUAUAAGUUCUAGAAAGCAGUUGCUUGGUUUUGCUUUGGGUCACUGUGAUGAUGAAUCGAUUAGUGAGUUAUUGCACGCAUGGAAAGAUUUUGACCUGCAAGGCCAGUGCGAGACUCUGGGAAUGUUAUCUGAGUCGAAUUCUCCUGAGUUUCAAAAGAUGGACGGUGUUUCUUGUCUUACUGAUUUCCCUCAAAUGCUUGAUGGACUAAGCAGUGAUCAACAACUAGAUUUGGAUAGAGCCAAAGAUUCAAUUUCUUGUGUUGCUAAGGAUAUGCCGGUUGAUGAUAGCGUGGACUUGGAAUCUCUGCUAAAGGAAAAUGGGAAGCUUUUCUCAUUUGCUGCUUCACAUCUUCCUUGGUUGCUUAAGCUGGGAAGAAAUAGGAAACUGGAUAAAAGUCUAGUGCUUGAUUCAAUUCCUGGAAAGCAGUUUGUCAGCAUAAAAGCAACUGCUCUAAUUACCAUUCUUUCCUGGCUGGCAAAGAAUGGUUUUGCGCCAAAAGAUGAGCUGAUAGCCAUGAUUACAGACUCCAUCAUCGAACAUCCGGUAACAAAAGAGGAAGACGUCAUAGGAUGCUCCUUUCUGUUGAAUCUGGUAGAUGCAUCUAAUGCAGUAGAAGUUAUAGAGAAGCAGUUGAGAAUAAGGGGGAACUACCAAGAAAUUCGAAGUAUCAUGAGUCUAGGGAUGAUAUACAGUUUGCUACAUGACUCUGGGGUAGAGUGCACAGCUCCCAUCCAGAGGAGAGAACUGCUACAGAAGAACUUUGAGAGAAAGCAAACAGAAAGUCUCGCUGAUGAUAUGAGCAAGAUCGACAAACUUCAAUCAACUUUUUGGAAGGAAUGGAAGCAUAAAUUAGAGGAAAAAAUGCAUGAUGCUGACCGUUCUAGGAUGCUGGAGAGAAUCAUUCCUGGGGUUGAGACUGAAAGGUUUUUGUCUCAUGAUAUUGAAUACAUUAAGGUUGCUGUUUUCUCUCUCAUUGAAUCUGUGAAAUCAGAGAAGAAGCUGAUUUUGAAGGAUGUACUAAAAUUAGCUGAUACAUAUGGCUUGAAGCAAUCAGAGGUGAUAUUAAGGUAUUUAAGCUCUAUCCUUUGCUCUGAGAUUUGGACAAAUGAGGACAUCACGGCUGAAAUUUUACAAGUCAAGGAAGAAAUACUCACCUUUGCUUCAGACACCAUAGAAACCAUAAGCACAAUCGUGUACCCAGCAGCUAGUGGUCUUAACAAACAACGCCUUGCUUACAUAUAUAGCCUCCUUUCUGAAUGCUAUUGUCAUUUGGCAGAAAGCAAGGAAGCAUCAUUGUUGGUUCAACCGAAUUCUUCCUUUGCUGGGUUAUCAAAUUGGUAUAACGUCCUUAAGCAAGAGUGCAGUAGAGUGUCAUUUAUCAAAGAUUUGGAUUUCAAAAAUAUUUCAGAAUUGGGAGGUUUGAAUUUUGACAGCUUCAACAAUGAAGUCCAUGCGCACAUCAAUGAGAUGAACUUGGAAGCUUUGGCCAAAAUGGUAGAAACUCUAAGUGGCUUAUCCAUGGAAAAUUCGUCCAAGGGUCUCAUUUCCUGUCAAGAUGUCUACAAACAAUAUAUUAUGAAUUUGUUAGAUACAUUGGAGAGUAGAAGAGAUCUUGAUUUUGGAAGUGCAGAGAGUUUCCAGGGCUUCCUCGGUCAACUUGAGAAGACAUAUGACCACUGUAGAGUAUAUGUCAGAAUCUUGGAACCUUUGCAGGCUGUGGAAAUCCUGAAACGGCAUUUCACGUUAGUUCUACCGCCAAAUGGUUCCUAUAUGCACAUCCCUGAUAGUUCUACAUGGCAAGAAUGUCUUAUCUUACUGAUUAACUUUUGGAUAAGAUUAGCUGAUGAGAUGCAAGAGGUAAAAUCAUCUAAUCCAAGUUUGGUGGAGAAUCUUACCUUGAGCCCUGAAUGCAUUAGCAGCUGUUUUACUCUACUCAUAAAACUUGUAAUGUAUGACAGUCUGUCCCCAAGUCAGGCUUGGGCUGCAAUACUUGUCUACCUUAGAUCUGGCUUGGUUGGUGAUUGUGCCACUGAAAUCUUCAAUUUCUGCAGAGCCAUGGUCUUCUCUGGUUGUGGAUUCGGGCCCAUUUCUGAUGUCUUCUCAGAUAUGUCCUCUCGGUAUCCAACAGCUUUGCAGGAUCUUCCACACCUGUAUUUGAGUGUCCUUGAACCUAUUUUACAAGAUUUGGUAUCUGGGGCUCCUGAAACACAAAAUCUUUACCGGCUGCUCUCUUCUCUUAGUAACUUGGAAGGCAACCUGGAAGAACUGAAACGUGUCAGGCUUGUAGUCUGGAAACAACUCGUAAUAUUUUCUGAGAACCUGGAGUUGCCAAGUCAAGUUCGCGUCUACUCCUUAGAGCUUAUGCAGUUCAUCUCGGGUAAGAAUAUCAAGGGCUCAUCGUCUGAGCUACAAUCAAACGUUAUGCCAUGGGACGGUUCGGCUGAGUUACUAUCAUCUAUGCAGAAGACUGAAGCCGCGCUUAACCAAGCGUUGCCUGACCAGGCUGAUGGCUCUAGCAGGCUCACAAACACUCUGGUUGCACUUAAAUCAUCUCAGGUCGCUGUAGCAGCCAUCUCUCCAGGCCUAGAGAUCUCCCCGGAGGAUUUAUCUACUGUUGAGACAUCUGUUUCUUGCUUCUCUAAACUCUCUGCUGCUGUUACUACAGCUUCACAAGCUGAAGCUCUUUUGGCUAUUUUGGAAGGAUGGGAAGAGCUGUUUGAAGCUAAGAACGCCGAACUAUUGCCAUCUAAUGAGGCAACCGACCAAGGAAACGACUGGGGUGAUGAUGAUUGGAAUGAUGGAUGGGAAACACUGCAGGAAUCAGAACCCGUGGAGAAAGUAAAAAAAGAAUGCGUAGUCUCAGCUCAUCCUUUACAUUCUUGCUGGCUGGAUAUUUUCAGAAAGUACAUUGCAUUGUCCAUGCCCGAAAAUGUACUACAACUAAUAGAUGGUUCUCUUCAGAAGCCUGAAGAGGUGAUAAUUGAAGAAACUGAAGCAGAAAGCCUGACCGGGAUCUUAGCCAGGACCGACCCAUUUCUCGCACUAAAGAUUUCUCUUUUGUUACCCUACAAACAGAUCAGAUCUCAGUGUCUCAGUGUUGUUGAAGAACAAUUGAAGCAAGAAGGCAUUCCGGAGUUAUCGAGUCAGAGCCAUCAUGAAGUUCUUCUCCUGGUUAUAUAUUCUGGGACUCUCUCAACGAUCAUCUCCAAUGCUUGCUACGGCUCAGUCUUCUCCUUCCUCUGUUAUCUGAUUGGAAAGCUAUCUCGAGAAUUCCAAGAAGAGCGGAUAACACAAGCUGACAACAGAGAAUCGAAUGCAAGUUCCGAGAGUCGGUUUAUAUCAUGUUUUGGGCAACUCAUGUUCCCCUGUUUUGUCUCAGGGCUUGUUAAGGCAGAUCAGCAGAUAUUAGCGGGGUUUUUGGUGACCAAGUUCAUGCACAGUAACCCAUCUCUUAGUCUGAUUAAUGUUGCAGAGGCAAGUCUGCGGAGAUACUUGGAUAAGCAGCUCGAAUCUUUGGAGCAUUUGGAGGAUUCGUUUGCCGAGAGCUCAGACUUUGAAACACUGAAGAAUACAGUCUCAAGCCUAAGAGGCACUUCAAAGGAAGUUAUACGAUCUGCGUUAGCUUCUCUCUCUAAUUGUACAAACAGCAGAUGAUUUGACAAUGGAGGCUUUUUCUGUGGCGAAACGGUCACAAAAAGGGAGUAGUACAUAGGAGAGGGUAAAUCUGUUUAUGCGUUUUUACGUGGUUAAUAUAGUUUUUUUUAACGUUAUUUUCGACAAGAAAACUGUUUUUGAGGUACCCC